AUGUCUGAACACUCCGACCAUGUGCCCUCAGAAGAGCAGACAGCUCACCUCCAUGAAGCAGGGCCUCCUUUCGAUGCACUCGAUGCCGAUAUCGUCAUCCGCUCCUCUGACGACUAUGUUUUUCGUCUUCACCGAACAAUUCUUUCCGUAGCCUCAAUUGUUUUCAAAGACAUGUUCUCAGCUCAAGCAGCUGCUCCAGUUGAUCCCGCAUCAGGCAACCCCAACUUCCAGUCUGCCGACUGGUACGACGGUCUUCCCGUCGUACUCCUGACCGAGGAUCGAAAGACCUUGGACAUCCUGUUCAAGUUGAUUUACCCGAUCGACAACCCCCCUCUCACCACAAUAUCAGCUAUUCUGAAGGUCAUUAGCCUGACAGAUAAAUUCAUGAUAGAAAGUCUUUCCGACACAAUCGGCCUCGCUUUGUCCAGGGUAGCGCAGGACGCCCCUCACGUCGUGUGGGCUAUCGCUCGAAAGCGAGGUCUCCAAACAACUGCUACCAAAGCACUCUUCCUCACCAUCCAACACCCUACACUUGCACCUCCCCUCACUAUCAGCAAUGCAGACCUAGACUCUUGUCUCACAGCUUCCGAUAUUCGCGAACUUCAGCUAUGGCAGAACCGAUGUGCCCAUGCUGCUGUGCAGGAGGCUAUCGGUACGGGUUGGGUUCGGGGUGCUCCGCAUGACCUUGUCUCCGACGAGUCGCCUGGCAGUUGCAUAUGCUUGCGAUACACUCAGUCCCUGACCCAUACCUCCAAUAAGGAGAACCCAAUCCAAACACGAUACCGUAUAGCGCAAUGGGUUAGUGGUUACCUGAGCAGCUCUGUAGCUCUGCUACGCGUCACUCCUCAUUGGGAGACUAUCCGCGACGUCCCCACAUAUCCGCAUCUGCGCAAAGUCUCUGAGUGUCCUUUUUGCGGAGAGCACGCACACGAUGCCCUUCGGGUCGUGAUUAGCGGCCUGGAAUGGCGAAUUAAAAUGGCGAUACAGAAGGUAGCGUCCUCCUUGUAA